UCCAUGUGUCUCCCAGCCCACAGCCACGCCUCAUAUACCCAACCAUGAGCCAGCCAGCCACUCCAUCGAGGGAUGCAGACCGCACUGCGAAUGAGCAACGUCUUUCCAGCCGAGGGUCUGAGGGAACGACGUUGGUGACUGGGAUACGAGAAUGCUGCGCUAAUAUCAUUGUACACAGGAGGCAAGCUCAGCAACUGACUACGGACGUUAUCGCCCUUUUCUCUAUGCUCAGGGAAAACGUUGGAUUUGUAACUCCCGCGGAGUUUGAUGAGAUGCUAGACGAAAUUCUAAAGGUUCUCACUUCAGUUUAUCCUCGUGUUCGAGAAUGGUCUCAGUACGGUAUCUUACAAGCGCUUUGGCGAAGCGGACAAGUUGGAUAUGGCUUGGAACAGUGCAAUGAGGAGGUCGGCGCUGCUCUGGACAAAUGGGAAAUGGCGGUUGCGAUCUCCCUGGACAAUGUACGAAAUCCGCUGGUUCGCAUCGCACGACACGAUGCAGAGGAAUGGCAGAGGUAUAUAGCGGGACAUCGAGCUGAACUCUUCAAGUUCACCAAGCAAUUUCUUCGAUCGCGGGAACUCAUCCAACAGGCUGCAGAGCUGUAUAACCGAGGUCACCCGGCGGCAGAACGAAUGAUGGAGCUAAGUCAGUUGCUCCUACGAUUGCCCAUUCAGUCUGCAGAUUCUACGAAAGUCGCGAACGAGAGCUUAACGAAGGAAGAGCACGAUGGACUCCGAGAAAGGCUGGUGAACUUCCACCGUCUUACUGGCAUCCCACCGACUAUCAAGAUUUUGAAUGGACAAGUGAAGAAACUCGGUGACAGGCCUCUGGUGUGGGGCAGUUACAGUGAAUUGUGGAGCGGAGUCUGGCUUGGAAAGAUACAGAUCGUCUUACGUGUGCAGGAUAUCACCGUGUCUCAGGAAGCCAUUGCUCGAUACGAGGAGGAAGCCAGAAAAUGGGCGAAGCUGAAGGAUCCCAAUGUUCUGCCUUUCUACGGCAUAGUGACAGAUCUAGGUCCCAUCAUACACAUGGCGACUCCUUGGUGCGAGUACGGAAACAUACUGGAGUUUACGAAGAACAAUCCUGAUUAUAACAAAACACGACUUCUUUUGGGCGCCGCAAAAGGCUUACGAUACCUUCAUCAUGAGAACAUCAUUCACGGCAACGUGAAAUGUACAAAUUUUAUGAUCAACGAGAAGGGUGAUGCGCGUGUCUCCGACUACGGCAUGUUACAAGUCAUGGCAGAAAUCAGCAAGAAACGAGUUGCGCUCAUUCUGAACGGAGCGGGGAUGACACGCUGGAUGGCGCCUGAAAUGGUCGUUCUUACCAGCCUGCUAGAGCCGAACGCUGCCUGCGACGUCUGGUCAUUCGGGAUGGCAAUGCUUGAAUGCUAUACAGUACACCCUCCAUAUAUGGAAUUCGAGGAUAACAUGUCUGUCUCCGAAGCUCUCUACCGUGCUCAGCAUCCUUCAAGGCCUCAGAGCGCGAUGGGACUAACGGACGAGAUAUGGGAGAUCCUUACCAGCUGCUGGCGCAAGCAACCCGCGCAGCGUUUGUCGAUGGCCGAACUGGUCUCCCGUUUGCAGAAAUUCACCUAGUUCUAGUGCAUAGUUCAGAAAUGAUGCCGUCUCUCUAGUCUUCCGCUGAAAAGAGUAGCACGCAAUUUCGGAUGCUGAUAGAGCACGUAUGCGUAACUCAUUGCAGGCUUGGAUACUAUGUUGAUAUCGUUUUCUCACUGUCUUCAUUAUACAUCGUGCAUCAACAUGUUAUGUGAUCUACUCGAAAUGCAUAUUCCACCUUGGAUAUCCCUAUUAA